AUGUAGAUGAAUGUACAGUGUCUGCAAACUGUGUUCAUGGGACCUGCUCUAACACUGAUGGUGGAUAUACGUGCACUUGUGAAAAUGGUUAUACAGGGACACAAUGUGAUACAGAUGUAAACAGAGCUGAUGGAUCCACUGCAACAAGUAGUAACCCCGAAGGAGAUGGUGAUCCUCCAUCUAAUCUUGUAGAUGGAGAUAACUCAACAACAUUUACAUUGACAUAUUCCAAUGACACGUGGGUUAUGAUUGAUUUGGGUGAAGAGAUUGCUGUGAAUCACGUUGAGAUCUGUUCACCUCCCCCAGGGACAGACAUUGACGUUGAAAUUUAUAUCGAAAAUUCUGACACUCCCACAUAUGAAGAGACACUUUGUGCCGAGUUCAGUG